AUGGAAUCUAAGACAACUGCAGGUGAAGAGUUCACUAUUAAUCGAAGUUUGCUGAUAUGGAAUCACAAAUUUCAGCAGAGUGUCCCACGCAGUACGUGUGUCGAGAGCUGCCCCACCGGGCACAGCAGGAUUGUUCAAGAGGGGAAGCAAUUUUGCUGCUACGAUUGUGCUCACUGCCCGGAAGGGAAAAUUGCACUCCAGAUUGAUGCAGACCAAUGUGAGAAAUGCCCAGAAGAUGAAUAUCCAAACCAGAAGAGGGAUCAGUGCAUUCCCAAACUCACAACCUACUUAUCCUACGAGGACCCCAUGGGAGCAGGCUUGGCUUCUGUUGCUGUUUUAUGUUUUGUGGCCACAGUUAUAGUGAUGGGGAUCUUUGCCACACACUGGAAUACACCGAUCGUCAAAGCCAACAAUCAAAGCAUCACUUGUGUCCUGCUCUCCUCUCUGCUGCUCGGCUUUCUGUGUUCCUUCCUAUUCAUCGGCCAUCCUGGGACGGUGACCUGCCUUCUCCGGCAAACCCUGUUUGGCAUCAUCUUCUCCAUUGCCGUGUCUUGUAUAUUGGCCAAAACCAUCACUGUGGUGGUUGCCUUCAUGGCCACCAAGCCAGGGAACAGGAUGAGGAAGUGGGUGGGGAAGAGACUGGCCAUGUCCGUCAUAAUUCCUUGUUGUUUCAUUCAAACUGGCAUCUGUGCAUUGUGGUUGGCAUCUUCACCCCCCUUCCCAGAGUUUGACACACACUCCCAAGUGGGUCAUAUUAUCAUUCAAUGCAAUGAAGGCUCGGACAUCAUGUUCUACAUAGUGCUGGGCUACAUGGGUCUUCUGGCCACCAUCAGUUUCACGGUGGCCUUCCUAGCACGGACAUUGCCUGAUUCUUUCAAUGAAGCCAAGCUGAUCACCUUCAGCAUGCUGGUCUUCUGCAGUGUUUGGAUCUCCUUUGUCCCCACCUAUCUGAGCACCAAAGGGAAAGACAUGGUGGCCGUGGAGAUCUUCUCCAUCUUGGCCUCUAGUGGAGGCUUAUUAGCUUGUAUCUUCUUCCCCAAAUGCUACAUUAUUAUAUUCCGAUGUCAACUGAACACCAGAGAGCAGCUAGGAAGGAAAAAAUAA